AUGGAAGAUCCCGUUGAAGGGGGCGUAGCUGCCUUCCGGUUCCUGCAGAGAGCCCAACACAUUGGAAAGGUCGUUGUCAAGUUUGCUAGCUCAAUUGAGCCAGUGGAAGAUGGCGCUAUUGUUAUAACGGGUGGCCUUGGUGCGCUGGGGCUAGUUGUUGCAGGGUGGCUUGCCGAAGAAGGAGCCCGAAACAUAGUCUUGAUAGCCCGCCGCGAUUCUCCUCCCCCAUCAGGCAACGUGCCAGAAUGGGACUGGCUAUCGAAUAUAAACUGCAAAGUCAGUUUUUUCUCGUGCGAUGUCUCGAACUACGAGAGCGUGCGCGGCGUUUUCAAGAAAAUACAGAAGACUGUGGCUCCAAUAAAAGGGAUCUUCCAUGCAGCUGGAGCCCUUGCAGAUUCUCUGCUGGACAGCCAGUCUCUAGAAGGGCUCCGUCGUGUUUACAAUGGCAAGGUUGUAGGUGCAUGGAACAUCCAUCGAGUCUGUGAGGAGCAGGGCAUCGACAAAGAUCUUCAGUUCUUUGUGCUGUUUUCUUCAAUAUCUUCUCUCAUUGGAAAUGUCGCGCAGGCCAACUACGCCUCAGCCAAUGCGUGUCUCGAUGCAUUGGCACGGUGGCGCAGAAGGAAAGGGCUUUGCUGUCAGUCGAUUCAGUGGGGCCCAUGGAUUGAGCAGGGCAUGGCCGCGGAGAUGAGGCAACAGCUGGCAAGAAAUGGCAUGAAAGGAAUCACAAACGAGCUUGGAUUUAGAACGCUUCACGAUGUUCUUCUCCACCCAGAGUGUCCCCCUGUUUUGGCUUGUCAGGCAUUCAAGUGGAGAGCGUUCUUUAUUCGCUAUGUCACUGUCUUGCCAGAGUCAUCUGGGAUGACUAUGAAGCAUCUCUCUCCAGCGGAGAGGAAAGAGUUCAUCAAAGCUCAAGUGGCGGCAGCGGCACGCCAGGUCCUCGGCAGCAGCUCCGCCCCCUCCUUCGACAAGCCUUUGCAGGACCUCGGAGUGGACUCACUUGGUGCUGUUGAGUUCCGUAACCUCCUCUCCAAGAAGUUGGGCAUGAAACUCUCCGCAACUACCCUAUUCGACUACCCAACAUUGAACGCAAUCACUGAAUACGUCUUCGAAGCAACAGGGGAAGAUAAGGGACCAGCUGAUGGUAGCGCCGGCCUUCAGCUAGGGCGGGUUGCUGUUGUGCAUGACGGCCUGGCUGUUGUAGCCGCGGCCUGCCGGCUUCCUGGACGCUCUGACUCACCAGACGCCAUGUGGCAGAUGUUGCUAGACCGCACAGACUGCAUGAUGGAUAUCCCGCUUAGCAGGUGGAGUGUAUACGAAAUGUACAACGACGACUUCGAUUUCCCUGGAAAGGCCUACGUCAAGCGUGCGGCCUUUAUUGACAAUGUAGAGUAUUUCGACAAUGGCUUGUUCAAUAUCACCCCUCCAGAAGUAAAGGCAAUGGACCCACAGCAACGAAUCCUGCUUGAAGUUUCCUAUGAAGUUUGCAACCACGAUUGGGUCUACCUGAUGUCUGACGACACGAUUUCUUCUUACUCUGGUACUGGGUCUGCUGGAUGCAUCAUUGCAAACCGCUUGUCGUAUGUGUACGGAUUGAAGGGCCCUUCGGUAGCUGUUGACACAGCCUGCUCCUCCUCCCUGGUUGCAGUGGAUGUCGCUUUUGAAAAGGUUAUCCGCGGGGACUGCAAAUAUGCUCUGGUCGCUGGAGCCAACUUGAUGCUGACGCCGCAUUUGUUCAUCGCAUUUUGCAAGGCAAGGAUGCUGUCUCCUGAUGGAAAGUGCAAAACAUUCGAUGCCUCUGCAGAUGGAUACGCCCGAGGUGAAGGUGUGGCAGCGGCUAUGCUUGUCCCUCUAAAUGAAGCGCAGGAAGCAAAGAUGGAAGUCUUGGCUGUUAUUCGAAGUACUGCGUGUAACCAUGUCGGCCGCAGUGCCAGUCUUAUUGCACCAAAUGGCCCAAGCCAAGCGGAUGUCGUUCGUUCAGCAAUUGCCAGAGCAGGUAUUAAGCCAGACGAUAUCGCGUAUGUAGAGACUCAUGGUACUGGCACAGCGCUUGGAGAUCCAAUCGAGGUGCAUGCUUUGAAGAGUGUAUUCGCUAAUGGGAGACCCAAAGAUGCUCCGCUUGUUCUAGGCGCUGUAAAGACCAAUAUCGGACACCUCGAGGGAUCAUCAGGCAUUGCAGGGUUGAUUAAGGCGGUACUUGUAUUGCAAAACAGGACCGUUCCUCCUAACAUCCACUUUAAGAAGCUGAACGAACACAUAAACGUUUCCGACUUCCCUGUUCAGUUCCCCACCGAUGCAGUUCAGGCCAAUGCUCACGUAGUUCUUGAAGAGGUGCCUGCCAGUCUUCGAUCUGUCAGACGACCUGUCAGCAGACAGAAGAUCUGCUUCAUGUUUACUGGACAGGGGUCGCAGUACGUAAACAUGGGGAAGGUCUUGUAUGAGGAACAAGAGGUAUUCCGCUCGAGCUUGAUCAAGGCGAAUGAAAUCAUAGUCGGAAUUUUGGGCAUUUCCAUAAUAGACAUCCUCUAUCCAUCCCCGCAAAAGGAAAGUGAGGCAAAGGGGCUUCUUGCAGGCAGCACCAUUUCUCAAUUGGCUUUGUUCGCAUUUGAAUAUGCACUAGCUGAGCUGUGGAUGUCGAAGAAUGUCUUCCCUGACAUGGUCCUGGGACAUAGUCUCGGCGAAUACGUUGCAGCCUGCGUGGCAGGCGUUUUCACUCUUGAAGACGCCCUUCAACUGGUAGCAGCUCGCGCCAAGAUAAUGGGGGACACACCUUCAAAUGAUGGAGUCAUGGCUGCAGUCCGUGCCACAGAAGAACAGGGUGAAAAGGCGAUUGCCACCUUCUAUGGGGAGAAGCCAAGACAGGCGUCAGUUGCGGUUGUCAACGGCUUGAAAAGCAUUGUGCUUGCUGGUCCACGAAAGGAUGUGCAAGCGAUACUAGAACAAAUGGAAGCUUCCUCCAGGGCAAAAUUUCUGGAGGUAUCUCACGCGUUUCACUCCCCCUUGGUUGAGGCAACGUGCUCGCCGUUCAAGAAGGUGGUGGAGCAAGUUCACCUAAAUGCUCCACACAUUGAGAUGAUUUCAACAGUCACGGGUCAGUUGUGUGAUGAGGCACUUAGGCGACCCGAUUACUGGGCUGAGCACAUAAUCAAGAAAGUUCGGUUUUGCGAUGCCGUCCAACAGUGUGUGGCAAACGGAGCAACGUUGCUGGUAGAAAUCGGGCCACGUCCCACCCUUACUUCUAUGGGAAGGGGCUGCCUGAAAGAUCAUGCGGAUAGUGCUCUUCAGUGGAUUAACAUGGUGGAUGCAGAAGGCGUCAAGCUGGAAACGAUUGAGGCGGUUGCUGCUGCUGCAGCAAGGGGUGCUACACCGGCGCCAGUCGUCUUCAACAGGAAGUAUUUCCCAUGGACAGAUAUAUGCCAUCCAUUGCUAGGUCGCAAGGAAGCCCGCGAAGACGGCCGCGUGGACUUUGUAGGCGGCCUAGGCGAAGAGGCGGAGAUGCUGUUUUCUGAUCAUGUAGUCAAGGCCCAGGCGAUGCUGCCUGCAACAUCUAUGUUGGAGCUCAUGGCAGUUGCCUCCAGGGAGGUCUUAGAUAAGGGAGCAGCGGCGAGCCCGCCGUGCUUGUCCCAGCUCGUCUUUGAGAAGCCGCUCAUCUUCCAGCCAGGCUCAAAAGUAUCGAUAUCUGUUUCUGUCGAUUCAUAUGGCCAGGUUCGCUUGAUGAGCACGUCAGAAAUCGAUGAAGGAGAGGAGCGAAUUCACGCGCAUGCUCAAAUUCUUACGAGUGCAAUUGAGCUACCAGAUGUCGACACCCAAGCCAUUCUCAAAGCGUGUCCUGACGAGGUUGAUAUGGCUGCGGCCUACGCGGAGUUGCACAAGAUUGGCUUGUCCUAUGGUCCACGAUUUCGUACUGUCAAACGUGCUUUCAAGGGCGAAAAUGUUGUUGUUGGUCUACUGCAAGCUGUGAGCCCCAAAACGUUCGAACGUGGAUUUCGAAUGCAUCCCGCUGUUAUGGACGGCGCCCUACAGCUAUCAGCCAUUUUACUAUCAGAGGAAGGGCAGCGUAGGGCUAUGAUUCCAUUUUCCAUUGAAUCGGUCACCAUGCUAAGCACUAGCCCAGACAAGGAAGUAUGGGCUAGGGUUUCACUUCUGUCACGGACUUCAACGGCAGCAACCGUCGACGUCCAGCUUUUUACAGCCGAUGGCAAGGUAAUGGCUGAUUUCGGCGGGGUCACUUUCCGACAGAUUGAUAUGGAGCCAUCUGCUGCGGUUCCCCGCGAUCUCUUGUGGUACACCGAGUGGAUCCCGGUCUCGAAGCUGGAGGCGCAAACUACAGCAGAAACUGAAAGCGAUAGUAUUGGGCAACUGUCGCCACUUAGCAACAAAGCAAUCCUCACCGUCAUGUCGGAGAAAAUGCUAUUUGUCCUCGCACUCGCAUCGACCGCGAGUCCUCAGGAAACUCUUUCUUCAGUUCUGGAAAUAACUAAAGUCAUGGCUGCCCAGAAGGCAGCCCAGUUUUACCCCAUGUGGAUUCUUACGUGCGGGACCCAAGGGCCAACAUACGACUGCGUGCAUCCCCAGAACGCGGGAAUAUGGGGUCUUGUCCGUUCUGUACGCCUGGAGUUGGACGCUAGUGGGGUCUCGCACUUUAUUGGGUGCGCAGACAUUGAAGAGGGAGUUGAAAUUACUAGGGCAGUUAAUGAAAUCAUGGAUCAGCAUCUUGUUCAUCCGCAAGAGUCAGAGAUGCUAGUCCGUUCUGCAGACCUGGGUUCUGGUCUUCAAGUACGGUGGUUGCAGUUGGAAACGACGUCGCCGGCCUGA